AUGGUAGACAUUCAGGGCCUUCCCAUCGAGAUCCUACAUCUCAUUCUGUCUGUUUUUAUCCGCCCAGAUGAUCUCGAACUGAUUAGAGAUCCAAGCACGGAUGCCAAAGACGUGGAUGACGAAUAUGACGACGAAGCUGAUGGGAUUGAAACUCUGCGCAAUGCUUGCUUAGUCUCGCGGAAGUUCCGCGAGGUAGCUCAACCUUUGCUCUUCCGUGAGGUUUAUGAUGAUGGUUUGGCUGGAGACGACCCAAACCCAACCAUCUCGUUCACCAAAACAAUAUAUCAACGUCCAGACCUCGAACGACAUGUGCACCAAAUCUCCAUUAUGCCUCUCCCAUUCAACGAAAGGGGUCGCAAACCUCUUUCAGCAGAGGACUCCAAGUUCUUCAAAGGCAUAAUCAAGGGCCUUCAAUUGGCCGAUCAGGAGGAAGCCUGGAUUUCAGCCGUGGAGAAAUCCGACCUCGGCGUUUUCGCAGCAUUACUAGCCAACAAGACCCCGAAUCUGCGUGGACUACAUCUACCAGUGCGCCAAUUCUGGACCGAGCCAUUCAUUCAGCUUUUCCGUCGCAAUCCGCAAUUUUUGUCGAACCUUGAGUCUAUCUGGAUUGAAAGCGAUGACGAACUUUCCGGCUUCGAUAUUGCUAUCUACGAGAAAUUCCUCACCCUUCCCAAAGUCACAUUUUCAGCCUUUGAGUACGGCGAUCUCUUCGACGCAUCAUUCCCAUCUACCUGGCUACCUGGCACAUUGGAGACGCAAGAACUGUCCUUCCACCACUGCCACAUCGAUGCUGGCGCCAUCAACAAGUUCACGCAAGCAUGCAAGAAGCUAAAAACCUUUACUUACAACAACUUCAGCUUGGAUCCUAACGACCGACGGAUCCUGCGCGCGGGAACCGAGCCCGAGUUUAAUGCUAAACAGGCCCAAGAAGCCGUCCUCCUACACAAGGAUACCCUCGAGCUCUUCCACCUCGAGUUCGCAAUGGCAGUAUGGGACGCCGAUAGUGCCGAGGAAAACGUUUCUAGCCACGUCAAGGUUGGCUCAUUCCGCGAGUUCUCCGCGCUCGAGACAAUCCUCAUCCCACACGCUUCUCUUCCACCACACCCUGAAUUCCCCAGCUCGUUAGAGACACUCCAUAUCACCGACUGCAACUCAUCUAUCCGGGAGUUGGCUCAGAACGUCGCGACAGAUUGUAAAAAUGGUCUUUAUCCGAAGUUGACUAACUUCAAGGUAUUUGCAAUCGAUAUUACACAGCCCAUUAAGCUUCCCGGACAACGGGUCCCAGAAGGGAAAACUCCAGAGCAAUGUUUCCUUGAUUUGAGGGAUAUGUUCAAAGGAACCAAAGUGAAUUUCCAGAUCUUGCCGUAUGAAUUACCUGAUUUUGAUGAUUAUGGUGAUCUCGACGACUAUGAUGAAGAUCUCGGUUAUGAGGAAGAUUUCCAAGAACCUGGUUUCGAAGAGUAUCCACCUGGAGCAGAACCCAGCAUGGGUCCAAUCCCACCACAGCUUUUCGAUUUGCUUAUGCAGCGGGCUUUGAUGGACCCUGAAUUUGCACACCUUCACCCACAUGAGGAUAGUGGUGAUGAUUCAUGGGAAACUGAUGAUAGCGAUUGA